CUCUUAAAGCCUCUGUCUGCAUACAGAUUCAUGCCGAUUGCUUCAUCAACUUUUCAUCUUUCCCAUUCUAAACAUCACCAGGCCUCUGAUUCAGCUCUGCUUUUCCUGGAAUCUCUGUUUCGGAGAAGUUUCAGAAUCUGCAGAAUUUGACAGGGAUUGCAGUUCUGUGUGUUCUGUAACGUCGCAGCCUGAUUCAAUAAUCAAUCAUGACGGAGCAGGAAAGGAAGCAGGAAGGAUCAGGGAGGAAGGUGAAGAAGAGCUACUUCGAUGUGGUCGGAUUGUGCUGUUCCUCGGAGGUUCCGCUCAUCGAAAACAUCCUUAAACCUCUGGAAGGGAUCAAAGAGGUGUCGGUCAUCGUCCCUUCUCGAACCGUCAUUGUCGUGCACGACACUACUCUCAUUUCGCAGUUUCAAAUUGCUAAGGCGCUGAACCAGGCAAGGCUGGAGGCUAACGUGAGGGUGCACGGGGACGAGAAUGAGAAGCAGAAGCAGAAGAAAUGGCCGAGCCCUUACGCAUUAGCGUCUGGCAUAUUGCUGGCUCUCUCACUAUUCAAAUACGUGUACGGUCCCCUCCAGUACGUGGCCUUGGCUGCCGUGGCUGCUGGCCUUCUUCCCAUUCUUCUCAAAGCACUCUCCUCUCUCCGCCGCCUUCAUCUUGACAUUAACAUCCUCGUCCUCGUCGCAG